AGAAGGAGUUACAGCCACCGGUGACCCUUUAAGUUGUCAGCCGUGGGAUCAUCGAUAUACGUAUGACCUCUCCGUUGGACCUUUCCGUAGGUAUCAGAUAUGAUCGAGGACGACAUCAGAUGGAAAAGUGCGGUGCCUCAAGUUAACGAGAUUCUGAUGGCCUGCCCUAUAAAUAUUGUAGCAGCCCAUCCCUCACUCUUCGAAUUCGCCAUUUGAUCUGCACAGUCUCAUGUCGGAACUAGAAGCAUCUCUCUAUGCUCUUGACUGGAAUAACUACAUCUCAGUUGCAACCAUUACCACAAUAUCAUAUGAGUACGUGCUUCAGUUCGAGAAAGAGGUCGCGUAUGUUUGGGGAAGACAGUGGUCAGUGAUGACAUACCUAUACUUUGCUACUCGAUAUUUUGGUAUUUUGGUUGUAAUGACUUGCGCCUGCUGGGGAGGUCUGUUUUACAUACCCGAAGCAGUGAGUUAUGGUAUAUUUCUGUUUAUGCAAUGGGGGAUUUCUGUAUAUUGUGCCUUGGCGAAAGUCAUUCUCAUCUGGCGUCUUUACGCCAUAUACGGCCAAUCCAAGCUCAUACUUUAUGUCCUAUCGGGUUUGUUCCUACCAGUCGUCGCGCUCUAUUUAACGAUGGAUAUAUUUUUAUGGAGUCGACCCUCGGCGAUCUCAGUGGAAGAAGUAAUAAUAACUCCAAACAUCAAGUACUGCGAGGCUGUCUUCCACAUUGGGCCUAUGCCUGCGAUAUAUGCUUCCAUCCCCAUCCUAUGCUAUGAUAUUUUACUGGUUGUUCUCGCCAUCGCCGUCCUCGUGAAGCACCUGAAAGAACGGAAGGAACUUCAAAUGAAGCCUAACACCUAUGUAGUCAUGAUCGUCCGAUAUCAUGUCGUAUACUUUGUCAUGAAUUUAGCAAGUCAAAUCUUCAUGGCGAUAUUGUGGGCCAACCUUCCAACAGUGGUGAUGUAUCUCGUACUGUUUUUGUACGACACCGCGCCAUUUAUUCUCGUGCCACGUCUUAUCAUCAGCAUCUGGGAAACACAUGCCAAUGACAACUGUAUACAUGUCAGUACAACAUUCGAGGAUUGCGUCUGUUUGACUUCGCCACGGAUACUAGAGGAGCACGAGAUGAAUUUUGGCGCAUGAUGUUCCAACUUGAGGAAGGAGUCAGAGUGAAGUCCUUCACUCAGGCAUUCGUCCUGACAAAAUUCUCUGAUACCAAUCCACAGUAUCAUAGUGUUCAUACAUUGUAACUACCAAGAAAAACAGGAUGUAUCAAUUAUCUAGUAACUAGGGUGAUUUUGAGUUAUCGUGGAGA